AUGUCCACAGUAUACAGAAACCCCAUCAUUCCUGGAUUCGCACCAGACCCAUCCAUCGUCUUCGUCAAGGACACUUAUUUCAUUGUCAACUCCUCAUUUCAUAUCUUCCCCGGCCUUCCAAUCUAUGCCUCAAGGGACCUCAUUUCUUGGACACAUAUUGGAAAUGCAAUCAACAAGACAAGUCAACUUGACCUAUCCAACGCGACGACAGAUGCAUUCCCAAUUGGUCCCAACAAGAACCUCGUUGCUACACUCGGUCUCUUCGCGCCGACUAUUCGGUGGCAUAACGACGUAUUCUACAUAAUAUGCACGAACGCCUCGCGCAAAGAGGGUGGAGAUCUUCGCACCGACAAUUUCAUCAUUACAUCCACAAACAUCUGGGCUAAUGAGUGGAGUGACCCGGUCUGGUUUGAGUACGAUGGUAUCGACCCCAGUUUAUUAUUCGACGACACUACCGGCAAAGUUUAUGUCCAAGCAUCAUGGAGAGAGGGAGCUUUGGCUGAUCGAAACUGUUCAAUCCGGCAAUUCGAGAUCGACAUCACGUCUGGGAAGAGACUUUCUGAAAUCAGGGUUAUCUGGAAGGGUGCUGAGACUAGCAACGAUGGGAAAAGUGAUAUCGAGGGACCACAUAUGUACCAGAAAGAUGGAUUUUAUUACCUUCUAGCUGCGGAUGGUGGGACCUUUGAGAAUCACCAGGUUGUCAUGGCGCGUUCUAGAGAUGUCUGGGGUCCUUUUGAGGUUUAUGAGAAUAAUCCAGUGCUUACCGCGUCAGGCACGGAUGAGUAUGUCCAGAAUGUUGGGCAUGCUGAUUUGUUUCAGGAUGGCUCUGGGGCUUGGUGGGCUGUCGCUUUAGGGGUGAGGAACGAGACUGGUGGUCGAACACCGAUCGGACGAGAGACAUUUUUAAUCCCUGUGGAAUGGCCUACUGGGGAAUGGCCGAUAUUUGGUCGGGCUAAGAUGCAGUUUGAGCGGUGCGGCCUCCCCGAGAAGGAGCCUAUUCCCACGCCCAUAGAGCGAGUUGAUGAUGUCUACAUCCGAGAUGCGAACCUGGACCACUACAAGUUUUCGGAUGAUGGCAGCGUGGUUGCACUGAAUCCAUCUAUGCGAGACCUAACAGCAACACAUGGAACAACAACUUUCGUCGGAAAACGGCAAAGAUCCUCUUGCUGCACCGCAACCGCAGCUCUCCACGUCCCUACUAGUCCAAAUACGAGGGCUGGAUUGAUGCUUUACAAGGAAGAUGUUCGCCACGUCGAUAUCUGCUACGAUAGCAACACAGGGAAAGUCACGCUAGAGGCAUGCUUCAAAUUGAAAGGAGAACCAAAGGUGAUCUCAGAAAUUGCGAUAACGAGUCAAAAGGUCCACAUGCGGAUUUCUGCGACUACUUUGGCGUAUGAGUUUUCCAUUCGAAUGGAGGAUGAGACAGGAUGGGUUUUACUUGGAUCUGUUGAUGCACUGGAAAUGACGGCGUGUGAUUUUAAUGGGACUUUGUUUGGGAUCUUUGCGAACACGACAAGUCAUGCCGUAAGUGAUAGUGUUGUGCAGCUAGAAGGGGUUUCUGUAUCUUAA